AUGGCCAGUUCUUCCUCUCGUGUCUCACGCAAGCGGUCGCCCACACCACCCUCGUCAUCCUCUGAAGAUUCAGAAUCCUCCCAGAGUGAAGACUCCUCCCAAGAGUCUGAAGACGAGCAGGAAUCAGCUGCAAAGUCGAAGAGGGGCGAAAAGGCGAAAAAAAGAGGCAAGAACGGUAACAGGCGGGGUAGAAAAAAGAGACGAUGCGCUGACAAUGGCAAUGCAAAGAUCCUUGAACGUGCCAAGUGGUUUCGCCGAGGAAUCGACCUCUACGCUAAUUACCAGGAAGUCUUCAACGUCGGAAUGUCGCUGGAUGGCCUUCUCGCUACCGAUGACGAUGUGGACUCAGAGGGGUACCUCGAUACGACCAAGGUGAUGACUUCACUCUGCGCUGAGUAUAACGUGGAGGACACGGUUAUACUGCGAAUGCAGAAAUCUUACAAUUCUAUGCUGUCUCACGCCCCCGGACUCAAGAAACGCAUCCAGCAGUAUAUUGAUAAAGACGACCUCGAUGGGCUGUGGCAGUUGGUCAACGAGAUUACAUCGGCAGCGAACGCUGGCAAGAACGAAGACACUGAAAAAGCCAAGUCCGGAAUUGCGAGUUGGAUCGCACACGCAAAGUCUAUAUCAGCCAAUAGCACUGCAUCAAGUGGAUCGAUGCCGUUCACCUCGAAUGACAAGGCGGACCGAGGCUUUAACGAUCUCGAAUAUGCUCGCUUACUGACUCCACCAUCUUUACUCAACGAGUUUGAUGCUGAUCCUAUAAAGUUCUCUGAGCGUUACGGUCCGAAUGGCGAAGAGGCACUAACGACCGAGGAAUAUCCUUCGGUGUGCUAUGCUCCAGGCUCCUACUCUCCCGGUGACCUCCUCAACGGGUUUUCCCAGUCACCCAUCAUGGCUUGUUAUGGUGAUACCGCCUAUAAGUUUGCUCGUACCGUCUUGCUCGGGAAAUCAGCGACGUUCAAUGGAAGCCGUUCGAAGAACGCGCGGCCGUGUAUUGCGGAUAUCCACGGAAUCACGAAACUAACUGCACCAUUCAUCUCGUACCUCAGCGUUCAGACUCGGAUUGCCAUCAGCUCGAGGAAGUUCUGCGAGAAAGACGACCUCUUUGAUUAUCCUGAGAUGUACUACGAUGUCAUAGAGCUCUUCCAGACAAAAGAGCCUGUGAUCGAGAGGUGGUCCGGCCCGACUUACGAGUGGUGGAAUAUAGAAGUCUUCAAGAACAAGGACGGCCGUGUCGUUUCAAGACCAAAGUCGAAGCCUAGUGGAGCUCUGACCAUGCGCGAGCGGAUUUUGGCUCAAGCAGAGGCAGCAAAAUCAGCUACUAGUUUCCUGCUCUUCUCGUCCUUCUACGCUCGGUCCACCUUCAACGACUUCUGUUCCUACUUCUACAUCUGGUGCUUCGAUUUCUUUUCCUUCGUCAACUCGUUCCUCAGCUCCAAUAGUGCCAUCUUCCUCAGCUUCGUCUUCCUCAGCUCCCUCCUCUUCGGCUCUGGAACCGAUGCCGCCUUCGUCAACCUCUGCAACAGCCGUUUCGUUAGUGGCCGUAAUGGUCGGGAUGAAGAGGAACAUCUGGAAGAUGAGAGAGUGCAAAGACGGAAGCCACGGAAGGUAGCCGCGGAUGUCAGGGAGGGCGAGGAUGAGGACGAGGACAAGGAAGGUCGUGUGAAGAAGCAUGGAAAGCGUGCGGAUAUAGAGGAUGUGGAGCGGAGCCCUACAAAGACGAGGAAACGGAAGAGUAGGUCAGAUGAGGGUGAAGGGGAAGACGACGACGACAGUGUUCAGGCGGCUUCACAACCAGCGAAGAAGACUAAGAAUCAGACGUUGAAGAACUCGAAGGCAGUUAGCUCGAGGCCACGUCCGAAACAGAAGAAGACUUGA